AAACCAGCGAGACGCCAGCGGUAACGCUGUGUACAUGUUGUGUUUUUAUAUAUCGCUGGGUUACUUUGAUACAAAAUGACUGUGUACAAUCUUUACAUAUAUAAUCGGGCUGGAACAUUGAUAUAUUAUCAAGAAUGGUCAAGGAAGAAACCCAUGACCAUGUCUUUGGAAGAGGAGUCUCGCCUGCUGUAUGGCAUGCUCUUCUCUCUGAAGUCGUUCUCCAACCGGAUCUCACCACUGGACGUCCAGGAGGGAGUCCAGUGCUACACCACCAAUAAGUACAAGAUGACCCUGUUUGAGACGCCCACGUCACUCAAAUUCGUGUGCAAUACCGAUGUGAAUGCGCCCGGCGUAAACGAAAUGCUGCAGAAGCUGUACACACAGGUCUACGUUGAGUAUGUGAUACGUAACCCGGAGUGUAAACCGGCCGAACCCAUCACCAGCGAACUCUUCAAAGCCAAACUCGACGAAACUGUGCGAAUGUCACCGGCUUUCUCCUCGAAGGCGGCGUAGAAGCGUGCCAGUCAGGCGAGUGUUGAACUUUGUCGACGGAGUGAAACUGGUCCGCGCUAAUGACGUGGCACACUGUUCCGCUGCUGCGAGGUAACUCGGCGACAGACGGUGUACGUUCCUCGCCCUCAGGCGUGCUAUGCGCGCUGUGUGGUGGCGCAUUGUCGUUUAUAUGUGUAUUCAGUGCGGUCGAGCUGCUGUGCGAGUGAAACCGAAGUGCUGUGUCGCCAGGAUGGGAGAGUGCUGACCAUUGACAUCGAUAGUAACCUUUUUGUUAUAUAUUAUAUUAUGGUUAUGGUUAUUAGAGGUCAGUGGUGCCUCCGGUUAAGUGGGGUGGGUGGAAGAUGGAGUGAUCAUUGAGCCCACCUAAACCAAUAUGUGGCGACACCUGCCACUGUUGGCCGUCCAAGUAUGUAACAUAAUUGAAAAGAAAAUGAAAUUAUCGUCUUAGAAUCAUUUCACAUAAUACCAAAAUAGUAAUUACUUCUGUGUAUAAUACGAUGCGUUCUUUGCUGAUAUGUUGAAUAUACUUGUACUAGAAGUCCUCUAGUCCCCGCCGAG